CGAGCUGCCAUGGCCGAGAGCGCCCCGGCCCCAGCCAAAGCUCCCGCCGCCAAGGCCGCCGCCAAGAAGCCGAAGAAGGCGGCGAGCGGCUCCAAAGCCCGCAAGCCCGCGGGGCCCAGCGUCACCGAGCUCAUCACCAAGGCCGUGUCCGCCUCCAAGGAGCGCAAGGGGCUCUCCCUCGCCGCGCUCAAGAAGGCGCUGGCCGCCGGCGGCUACGAUGUGGAGAAGAACAACAGCCGCAUCAAGCUGGGGCUCAAGAGCCUCAUCAGCAAGGGCACCCUGGUGCAGACCAAGGGCACCGGCGCCUCCGGCUCCUUCCGCCUCAGCAAGAAACCCGGGGAAGUGAAGGAAAAGGCUCCUAUGAAGGAAAAAACUGCAGCAACCAAGCCCAAGAAGCCGGCGGCUAAGAAGCCUGCCAGCACUGCCAGGAAGGCGGUGACAGCUAAGAAGAGCCCCAAGAAAGUUAAGCCGGCAGCCAGGAAAGCGGCCAAGAGUCCCAAGAAGGUGACAAGGGCUGUCAAGCCCAAGAAAGCGGUGGUAGCAGCAAAGAGCCCGGCUAAAGCAAAAGUGGUGAAGCCGAAGUCAGCCAAGCCGAAAGCUGCCAAAGCGAAGAAGGCAGCGCCCAAGAAGAAAUAAGCCCCUCCCUGAGGAAGUCUUGCUCCGCAGUUAAACCAAACGGCUCUGUUAAGAGCCACCCACGUUUUCUUAAACGAGCUGAAAUGCUGUGGCUGCCGCUGUUUGGGGGCGGUUUAAGCAGGGACGUGCGUGGGAGAACGGCUGACUGCUCGUCAGUGUGCUGUGGAGUCCGGGAACAGCUCGAGGGGCGCUUGAAUUGGUAGGGGAGGGGAGCAGCCCCUUGGUGGCUUUCAAAAUGCUCACAAGGCGCAGGGAUUGGUUGCGGAAGGGCUGAGCUCCUUCCUGGGACCGCUUCAGCCCCGCCCUAGAGUGAAGGAAGGCGGUGUGAGACUGGUGAUCUGUGUGCAC